AUGUACGUUAUCCGAUUGGUUAAAAUUAUCCGCCCAUCUGCAGGGAUAUCGGUAGAACCGUUGGUUGAGCUGGCGCAGCAAGUACCUGCCACACAAAACAACGCACUCAGCAACCCCACCAAUCUAGUGACGUUCACGGAGAAGAUCCUCACCAGCUUCAUGAACUACGCCAUGUCCUUCACGUGCACACAACAACAGAUGGCGCAACGGCCCAAUGAGAUGUUCAUUCCGCUGUCUGUGGUACAGCAAUGGUUCGACAAAUUCAAAUCGAAGCUCAACGCAAACCCGAAUUUCUGGAAGGAUUUAUAG